AAACUCAUUGUUGUGAGAUAACGCCAGCGCGCAAGAACAACUCUAUGAUUGUUAAUUCUCCUGCUUGAUACUUUAGUCAGCUUAUACUAAAACUCUCGCUGAUAAAUUUAUACUCGACAGUGAACAAGAAGACAGUCAAUGAAAAUGGCUAGUAAAAUUUUAUCAAAACUUUUUUUAAUUAUUUUGGCAAACACUUUUAUAAUUUUCGUUGAUUCCACCAACGAUGGCAUCGAUCACGAUAUCAAGACCUGCGUUAAUCAUACAAUGGAAUGUAAUCCUGAAUUACAAGAACCGUGCUGUGAUUCCAGAACCAAAUGUAAAUUAAUAAAUCAUAUGUGGAAAACAAACAGUCUCAGAUAUUUCUGCUACAAGACAAUUAAAAUAGGCGAAGCCUGUGAUUUUGACGACUUCGAUUGCUCGGACGACAACUUUGCUCGUUGUGACGUCAGCCGUACAUGUAAAUGCGACAAUUAUUCAGAAAAUGAUUCAGACUGCAGUCCAACUAUAUCUGCGUACUGUAAAAUAGACCAACACUGCAAAGUUGAAAAUUCAUUUUGCCGCGAUGGUUUUUGUCGAUGCAAGCCCGGCUACAAACAAAAUCAAUCUUCAACAAAGUGUCUGCCUAAUUAAUUUCAAUGGUCGAAUAUUUUAA